AUGGAGGAAGUGGGGGAGGAAAUGAGUGAGAAGAGUACUACUGCUGCAGCUGCAGAUCGCUGCAGCUGCGGCUGUGGCAGUGGCUGCGGCUGCGGUGGCUGCGGCUACUACGGCUGCGGAUGCUGCGGCUGUGGAUGCUUGCUGUGGCUGCGGCUGCAGAAGCUACAGCUGCUGAAGACUGCUGAAGACUGCUGCUGCAGCGAAGAUUGCUGCGGCAACGAAGAUUGUUGCUGCAGCGAUGAUUGCUGCAGCAACGAAGAUUGCUGCGGCAACGAAGACUGCUGCUGUAGACUGCAGCUGCUACAGAUUGCUACGGCUGCAGAAGCUGCUGAAAACUGCUGCUGCAGCGAAGACUACUGCGGCAGAGAAACUGCGGCAGGGAGCCUGGAAGCGGCCACAGCAGAGGAAGCUGCCACCACGGCAAUGAAGACUGGUGGCGGCUGGUGCUACGGAGGUAGCGGUUCGGGCAAAUGGAGGACAGCGGCCACCACGGCAGCAUAG